AUGAAGUUGCAGGACUGGCAAGGGAUGUUGGUACGCAGAGGCCGGGCGUACGUGCCACCGCAGUGGACACGCCGCGUGGUACAGCACUACCACGACAAGGGUGUCGGCACGCACGCCGGCGUGGUGAGGACGUACCGGAGGAGCCAGGAACUGUUCUGGUGGCCGAGACAAUUACAGGACAUACGAGAGUAUAUCGCCGCGUGCCUGGUGUGUCAACGAAGGAGAGGCGGCACGGAACGCCUACAGGGUCUAGCACGAGCAUUCCCUGCGAACCAGGUGUUUGAGACAAUCCAUAUAGACUACUGGCAAACCCAUGGGGAGGGACGGCCCAUCAUGACCAUGAUCGACAGAACAUCGAGAUGGGUGGAAGCAGCGGUGGUGCCGGACAAAACCGGGUAUAGUGCGGCGGCGGCGUUGGUGCGCCACUGGAUUACCCGGUACGGAAUACCAUCCCGGAUAAUAUGUGACAACGACCGGGCCUUCACAGGCACGGUCAUGAGAGGACUACUAGACCUACUGGGGGUAACCCUGGCGACCAUCACACCGUACCACCCAGAAGGAAACAGCCCAGUAGAGUCCUUCCACCGUCACCUCCGUAAGCAUUACCAACGGGUGAGGGACCACAGCACAAGGGGGGAAGAGGAGGCACUAGCACUCACCAUGUUCCUCUACCGCACCGCCCACCACACCGCACUGGGGAUGACCCCGGGGCGCUGGCUGUUCGGGGUAGAAUUGGUAGUACCAGAGGAACGAGAAAUACAAGACCAGCUCCGGAACCCAAAUAUGCAGCGACUACAGUGGCUAACAGGAGCAAGAGAAGCGACCAUUGAGGAGGCAGCCAAGGUGGCCCAAGAGCGGGCCGACAAACGGAACGAAAGGAGGAAGCCCAGCCGACUCGCAAUAGGGGACAUAGUCUUAGUGAGGGACCCGACAGUGAAGGAGAAGGGAUGGGGAUUACCCCACCGCAUCGUAGCCAUUAGUGAGGCCGGCCACCGAGCACAAGUGGAGGACCUCGUAAGCGGCCACAAGGAAGAUCGACACGCGAGCGUGCUACGGAAAGUGGUGGCACCACGGGACAGGCACCAAUUACGACAAUGGAUGAAGGAGUACCGACGAGAGGGAGUGUCAAUCACGGAGGAGGAACUACAGCGGAGGCUAGGAGGGACGGAAGCGGCAGAAGGAACAGGGGCGCCGCCGACGAAUUACUACGAACUGAGCUCAGACAGCGAGGCGGUGGUGGUGGAGCGAGGAACAACACCCGAGGACGCGUGUAGCACCCCGGCAAGUCAAGAGGGAGUAACGGGGGCAGAGCAGGGGGAAGAGGAGCCCCGAGGAAGAGGCAGGAAGCGGCGACGGGAAUUCCAAGAAGGAAGGACCUAA